AUGGCUUUUGAGGCCUUGAAAGCUUUGCUCUUUUUGUCUCCCUUGUUCCAAUUACCCAAUUUUGAUAAGACAUUUGAGGUUGAAUAUGAUGAAAUUAAGGUUAGUAUUGGGGCAGUUUUGAUGCAAGAGGGGAAGCCCAUUUCUUAUUUUAGUGAAAAGCUCAAAGGGGAAACUCUUAAUUAUUCGACUUAUGAUUUGGAGUUGUAUGCCCUUGUUAGAGCUUUAGGUAAUUGGCAACAUUAUGGGAAGGAAAAUGUGGUAGCCGAUGCGUUGUCUAGAAAGAAUGUCCUUGUUACUACUUUAUCUUUGAAGAUGAUGGGGUUUGAGAUAUUACGGAUGUUGUAUCUCAAGGAUCCUAUCUUUGAACCUAUUUACAGUAAAUGUGAAGAGUGGGGAAGGGACCGAUGGCUCAAAGUGAAUGGUAAUUCCUCCUACUCUCGAUUUUAUGGUUAUUUGUUCAAAGAGAGGAGAUUGUGUGUUCCUUCUAGUUCAUGGAGGGAAUUAUUAGUGAGGGAGGAACAUGAUGGUGGCCUCAUGGGGAAUUUUGGGGUUGAUAAAACCCUCGGUAUCUUAGAGGAGAAAUAA